CAUGAAGCUGAAAGGCAGUCAGUAAGGAGAGGUGGAAAAUGCACCAGAUUUACAGCUGCAGUGAUGAAAAUUUAGAAGUUUUCACUGUGAUUUCUUCCAAAUCGUGUAGUCCUGCCCGAAGACGAGCCAAAGCUACACAGCACAUCCUAGCAAAGAGUGUGGCGGCCGCGCCGGACCGCCGGGCGCGGCAGGGCGAGCCGCGGCAGGCGCAGUGCGGGGCCCGCGAGGAGGCGGCGCGGGGCGCGCAGCGCGUGGGAAUUUCUGAAAAAGAGUCAUCCAAGUCCUAUAAUCAUCUGUUGGAUGGAAAAUCUUUGAUUCCCCCAUCUCCAGUUGCCCGUAUCACGGUGAAAGCUGUGGCUGUCACGAGCUCGCCCACACGCAACCACGCUUCUACAGAAGAACAGCGCUGGAGAAAGACAACAGAGUAUGACCUGGCCCUGCCACCAGGAGCCGAAGCUUCCUUACCACUGACAGGAGGCAACCUGUGUGGAACACCCAGCCUCCUGAGGAAGAUGUGGAUGAAGCACAAGAAGAAGUCAGAGUACCUGGGGGCAACAAACAGUGCCUUUGAGGCGGACUGAUAAGGGUCAGCAUCCAUUGGAAGGGCAGAAGGUCCUUUAGCAGGACAAGGUGCUUUAGGAUGAAUGAGGGAACAGACUCAGCACAGCUCAUCCAGGAGAAUGAUAUCCUUUUUAUUACUUGAUGCCAUUGCCUCAGAACAGUGGAAGAAAGGCUAACAAAGGUAAAAAUGGUGAACAUGAUGCAACUCAAUGGCCUUUCCUUGUUGCAUUACACUAAAAUCCCAACAACCCCACUAGAUUUACAUCUUGACUCAAUGCUGAGACUACUGCUGACCCAUUCCCAAUUUCCUAUGUCCUGUCUGAAUGAGCUUGGACUUGGCAACAAGAGAAGUCUAUGAAGAGGUUUGAGUAUUCCUGCAAGGCAACAGAUUGACUACAGAGUGCCAUUAAUCCCAGGGAUCUACUUGUGUGCACCACUGCCUGUCAUCUUCCCCUGUCAUAUCAUGAGAUAAAAACCUUAUCUUAUGAUAUGCUUGACACAUAUUGUGAAUGACAUAUGCUAAACAUCUCUUUUCCUUCAGUUUUGAUGUUUCAAGGCAGGAGUAAAAGAUGCAAAAAUUCUAAAACAAGAGGCCAGAACUGAGCAAGUUUUCAAACAUACGUACCAAACUUUGCUAAGUAACAAAAGACUUGUGUUUUAAGUUUUCCUGCCAGAUCAAGCUAUGAGCAACAGGAUAAUCUCAAGGGAUACUUUCUGCCAUAUAACCUGCUUUUAAGUGAAAUGGUAGUCAGCAAUUUACCCUCUACCCAUGGGGUAAAGGAUAUUACAUUAAGUGCACAAAAUACUAGGAGGAAGGAAAGUAUGUAAAUGGUAAAACUAGGUGACUAAGUAUAAGAUAUUUGCAUGUAAGAGACCUGUGCUUAUGAAUAGAUGGAUGUAAUGGGAUUUGCUUUAAAUUUUUUUCUCUCUCUUUUUUUUUUCAGUUUAGAAAUUGCUAGUCAGGUGUUUUCAGUUUUUCUCUCAAAAAAGAAUGAAACAAUUUUACAAAAAAGUUUUCACCACUGUUAUGGACAAUAUUAUAUUAGUCAUGAGCAGUACUUACCUUCUGUGAGUGUUCUCCUAGUUAUUAUAAAAAACCCACUGGUUUCCCUAAAUACAAAACUUUACAUUUAAAUUCAGAGGAGGCGUAUCUCCUGUUUAUAGUGAUGAUGACCUCUAAUCUAACCGCCAAUGCACCAAGGCGUAAAUUAAAAAUAAAGGUCUGACUCUGUGUCAGCGGCAGAAGGAAGGAUCUCCCAUCUGAAACUUGCUUGUCUGCAGCCAGUGCAGUGAAAAGCACUGAGAUGCCAUCACAGACAAUGCCAUGGUAGUGGGGGGCAGCUGGCCCUGGUCAGGGGUCACCACCUCAGGAGUACCAAGGGACCUCCUGGAUGGGAGGGAAAGACAGCCAGGACUUCUGGCUUUGGGUUGAGCAGGGUGGAGCAGCACACAGGAGAGGUUUGCAGCUUGACAGCCUGAGCAACCAAAGUUCAUGGAAUGGGAAAACAAAUGGAGCGGGCCGGUAGCUUUACAGAGCAUAUGGUCCUGAUGGCUGCAAGGAGGGAUGCAGCAAAAACCUAUUUAGGGCUGGAUAUGGUGGAAAUGGUAGUAGGAUGGGGAUGGAAGUUCUUACUUAAAAAGAACUGUGGCUUUUCAUAGUGCUAGAGCCAAGUCAGUCCAGAGUGUGCCAAGGAGAGAGAGAGGCACUACACCUUCAUGACAUACCUCUGUAAGCCCUCCUGUUCAGCUCUCCAUCACUGCUCCAGUCACAGGCUCCUCCAUCAGAGGUGCUCAACUGGUCAGAGGAAAACUUCGCACCUUGAAACCACACAGAUUCUCCCUCUUCAUUACCAAGGGUGAAAGUCCUUCUCUGGCCCAGCAGCCCAAGACUGGGAUGAUCUGCUCUCCAACUUUUAUUUCUUGCUCGUGGGAAAGAAGAACACAGUUCCUUGUGUGCCACAUGCUGGCAGUGGUGACCCAGUGUCAACCAUGUGUUUCUCUGCCCUGGCAUGAGAGAGCAAUGCUGACACCCACUGAAGGCUGCACACCUGAACAUUCCCUGCAAGAGGUUUCUCACAGGGGUCCACCCCACAUUUAAAUUAGACCCUGGCACACUGAUCCUGUGCAAAAAUCCAAGUACCCUGACCCUUGCCAACAUCAGGUCCUCUAUGACUGAGCCAAGCUGGAGCCAUGGUCAAGAGUUUCCUGAAACACUUUUUACAAAUAUCACUAACCACACUUCAACCUCCUCCUCAGCCCAUAGAACUCCUGCCAGAAACCCAUAUAUGUCUUUUUACAUAUAUAGGUAAACCUAGUAAAUUCAGUGGGACUGCUCCCCUACAUAGCAGUACAUACAUUCAAAGAGUUGGGAGAAGACCAAUCACUGCUUCCCCUUUUUGUUUUCAUUUCCUAAACAAAGGAAAAAUAAGGAUGAUGGACAGACACUGGGAAAAGUCCUUUUACUGAAUUAGUGUAAUUAAGAGAGUGAACAUUUGUGGUACCUGCCCUUGUAGUUAAUAUUGUCCAAAAAGUACUCAAACCCAGAACAGCAAGAGUUUUGCUUGUUGAGGAAGUUGCAUUGUAGUAGUAGUAUUUAUUUGUUAAUUAAUAGCUUUGAGCAGUAUGAGGAUAGAGGUGGAAAUUAUUAAUAUUUCUUAAUAAUUGCUGUAUCUUGACAUAUGUAUUUAUGCUUUUCUUAUUUAUUUAUUUAUAAUUUGGAUUUACAAGAGAAGGAGCUAUUUACAAGAAGCACAUUUAAUUUCCUUGUAUUCCAGGAACUACUGUGGAUUUUUUUUGUAUUGUAGUAGAUAUUUAUUUUAUUGAUUUAAAACUAUGUUCUAUUCUUAAUAAAAAAAAAAAAGAAAGAAAAAAAAAGAAAAGAAACAACAAAAUAAACAAGUAGCAUGUGGUUA